AUGGCGGCUAGGCCAUCGACGGUAGGGUUGCAGCCGCAACACCUCGGGUCCGCGGUGACCCAGUGUCCCAGGAAUGUCGUGCACCCGACGUCCCUGUCUGGCAGCUGCCCGGUGGCCGUCGACGACGAGACGGACGACGCAGUGCGGGCCAAUGCGAACACCCCUUGGACGCACCCCCCUUACUGCGUCGUCCCGAAGGCCUCGGGAUCCGAUGGCAAGUUCUGCGUCUUCAGCGCGUCCGGCUUCAACCUCGGCAGCGGUAUCAGCAUCAUCGCGACCCCUGACACGGCCGCUUCGCUGGUUGCGGCCGUGCAGAACCCGCAGCCGGCAUGGCAUGCGCGGCACCACCUCGCACAGCGCGACCGCCUGCCCGAGCCCGAGCAAGACCAUCCCGGCAGCGGCAGCACCGACAAGCAGAGACGGCCGUAUGCCAUAGUGAGCAUCCCAGGGCGCGGCAGGGGCGCGGUGGCGACGCGGCGCAUCGCACAGUUCGAGACCAUCAUGACGAGCUUCCCGGCCGUGGUGGCCGACAACGUCUUCUUCCCGGAAGAGGACGGCGGCGGGCCGGCCGAGGGCCGCUGGCUGUUCCAGCGCGCGCUCGACCAGCUGGCGGACCGGCAGCGGUUCUUGGGGCUGGCGCGCAGCAAGGGCCCCCACGUGCACGCCGUCGAGGACGUCCUGCGCACGAACGCGUUUGGCAUCACGGUCAACGGCCGCGAUGCCAAGGGGCUGUACCCCGAGAUUGCGAGGCUGAACCACGCGUGUGAUCCCAACGCAUACGGCCGCUUCACGAAGACCGAUCUCGCCCUGUCGGCCGUGGCCACAAGAGACAUCGUGCCGGGCGAGGAAAUCACCAUCAGCUACCUGCCGCUGGGCAUGCCCACGGCGUACCGGGCGCGGGGACUCGCCAACUGGAACUUCAACUGCACGUGCACGCUGUGCUCGUCCCCGGCGGCGGCGCGCGCGGCAUCGGACCGGCGGCGCGAGCGGCUGGUGGACAUCCUGCAGGCCAUGUAUGACGAGGCGACCGAGUAUGGGGCGCUGGUGGAGCUGACGCGCGAGUUCGUCGACGUGGUGCGCACGGAGCGGCUGGACGCAAAGGUCGGCGAGUACUUCCACGCCUUUAUGCGCAUCUAUCACAGCUUCGGCGACGUCGAGAGCGCGUUCCGCUACGGCCAGACGGCCCUCUGGUACGCCGAGACGUUUGCCGACCCCGAGGGCGGCUUCUGCGCCGGGCUACGGCAGGACGUGCGUCUGCUGGGGCAGGUCCUAAAGGAGAGGGGCAGUGCAGAGGCCUAA